UUUUUUUUUUUGGUGGUCCCACUGCCGACUCAUAGCUGACCUCUAAUCCAGACACAUAAAAGAAACUCAAAAAAAAACAAGAAACGAAGGCAUCGGCAUACAUAUCUGUGGAGCGGGACUGCAAGCAUUAGAAACGAAACCUGUUCUUAUCGCCCCGAAACGCAACAUUAUCAGCAGGGACCGAGAGAAAGUCGAGGCCACGCAUGCACGGCAAUUGCGAUGGAAUGGCGAGCAUUUAGUUGGAUCCAAGCAACAGACAGGACCGUACAUCGUUUUGGUAAUACAGAAGACAAGAAACAAGUCAUACAAGUCCCAUAAAUAGUGCAUCAGUGAGCCUGCUAAAGACGAUUUCGGAAAACAUACCACCCAUCCACAUAUAUACAGACAUAUACAUACAUAUAUAUAUAUAUAUAUAUAUAGAAUAAACUAUAUAUACACACACACAUAUCUGCAGCUAUAUAUACAUAUAUAGUGAUUGAUAAGAGUGUCUCUAACUGCACAAUCAAAUCUUAGCAUAAUUGUUUGGCCUUAGUCGCCAUCGCCAUCUUAUGGAAAUCAUGUCGCGUACAAUGAGGUUUGUGUGGUCUUCAAGCUGAUGUAUAUCGUCGCUGGUAUACUGAUGAGUAACGAGGAAAUCUGCGAUACAGUCGAUCGCAUACAAAUAGCCCCACGCGUCGAAGUCAAGCCGGAAAUCGAAGCCUCUAAGCCCUCCAAGGCGAAACAACAGCGUGCCCUCACUGCAGCCGGGGCUGGAGCCGGAGCUGGGGAUACAUCUGUCUCCAGACCCCGAAAACGUAUCGGAGUCAUUGCGCUGGCCAGCAGAAUAGUGCGUCGCGCCACCAGUCGGAUAACGAGACGCCUCACCUGGCCUUGGAUGCACAAAUAUGAUGUGAGACUUGUGCUGAAGCAGUGGCGGACAAUGUCCCAUGCAUUCGAUAUGUGGACCAUUCCAAACUAUCUCAUCGAAUACACCUCCAGCUACAUAAGUAAGAAGUUCUUUAUAAACAGCGACUGUGAUAUGAUUUACAAAUAAGUUUAGGCUAAGCAUCUUGAUGGGUUUUAUUAAUUAAGUUAACAUUUUAAAUACAUCAUACAAGUAGUUUAUACAUAAUAACAUAAGUUCAAAUGGCCACUAAAUAAAGUUGCGAAACAACAACAA